AAAACAACCUUCCACAAGCACACAGACUGUUUAAACACUGCAGGAAAAAAAAACAAGUGAACUGUGGGCGACAGGAGGAGAGACAAAAUGUACAAAAAAGUGCUUUAUCAGACUGCAUGAGAGGGGAGCAGCUCUCUCUCCUCCUCACUCUGCUGCUCCAGUGUUAACAGGCUGAUGGGGAGGACAUGCGCGCUGAACACGGGGGAGGAGGUGGAACAGAGAGGCUGGCUGCUCCUGGUGCUCUGACUCCAUGAUCACUCAAUUAUGGUGCGGAACUCUCCUUCCAUAAUCGCCUCUUCUUGUGGGGAAGAGUCAGACUGAGGGAGGUGGAGGUCUUUGUUUGUUUUGUUCUUCUCCUCCUUUUCCACGCCUGAAGACAAUUUGACACUUUAGUUGUUUUGCGGCUUUCAGUUUGGACUUUUCUCGCCUGAGCGUUUAUUAAGCUGUUGGGUUUUUCUAAUAAUCGCUCGCCCCCGCCGCCACCCUGAAGUUCAUCGUUAUCAUCUUGGCCGCCGGGAUGGUGGCCUUCAUCGGAGCGGUUAUCUGCAUCAUCGCGGCCGUCCACACCGGAUCCUCCAGGGCUGCCGCGGCGCAACAGCAGCCGGCGACCGACAACCACUCGCUUUACCCGGACGCGGCGGCGCAGACCCCCGCCGCGGGGGGCUCCGUGGCCCGGGCCAGCUCUCUGGGCGCUCUCCAUGGUUCUGAAACGCCCGAUUCAGAAGCGCCAACCUUCAACAUCGGGCUCGGCGGGCUGGACGGGGUCACUGGACUCACCGGGCACGACCCAUCCGUCAGCCGACUCAUCUGCACGCCGAUCCCCGCCGGGGAGUGCAACCCGAAAAACUUUCAGCAACAAGCGGAGGACCCGUCGCUGUACGCCGGGGAGGACUGGGGCUACCUCCGCACCACCGCGGAGGAGCUCCGGCAGACGGUCCUGCAGCAGAAGGACCAGAUCUUAACGGACCAGCGGACCAUCAGGGAGCUGACGGGGAAACUAACCGAGUGCGAGAAGGGGCUGGACGGCAGGAGCAGCGGCGCGGACAGACGCGGGGGCGCCGCGGGGCUGCUGGGGGGCAAGAGCGCGGGAGAGGACACGCACCUGGAGCGGAUCAUGGUACGGGACAGCCCGGCGUCGACCGCCGACAGUGCCCACCUGCUCACCGUGAGGGCUGUGGACGAGCUGGAGCAGGCGAUCACCCAGCUCAAAGACCGCAUCGAGAAACUGGAGUCAGACAUUGGCCCAUUUCCUCACAACCAGACGGACAGCAUCACUUCAGGAGUACCGGAGGAAGGCGGGACACCUGGCGUCCCAGGGAGGAUGGCUGAUCCUGGGCCCCGAGCUGGUGCUGACAGGCCCUGGAGGAUGGAAGACUUGGAGGGGGAGCUGGAGAGGAAGGUCGAGCUGCUGGACAAAGAGAGAAAAGCCCUGAGGCUGGAAACAGAGAAACACAGACAGGAAAUCGACAGAGGCAUCAAUAAACUCCACCACCGACUCUCAGGACUGGAGGAAGGUAUCUCCGGACAUUCCUUCCCACAGGGCUACAGACUGUCCUUCCCAACUCGGACAAACUACAUGUAUGCCGUUGUGAAACACGCCAUCCCGACGCUGCGGGCCUUCACCGUCUGCCUGUGGCUGCGGCCCGCGGAGGGCGGGAUCGGCACGCCUCUGUCCUAUGCCGUUCCUGCGCAGCCUAACGAGCUGGUGCUGCUGCAGGGCCUGCACACCCCCGCUGAGCUGCUCGUCAACGACAAGGUGGCGCAGUUGCCUCUGAACCUCUCCAGAGGCAGCUGGCAGCACAUCUGUGUGAGCUGGAGCCAGAAGGGAGGAGCUUGGCAGGCCUACCAGGGGGGAAAACUGAGGGGUGAGGGUCACUCGCUGGCCGCCGGACACCACAUUAGACCUGGAGGAGUGCUCAUACUGGGGCAAGAGCAGGACUCCCUCGGUGGAGGUUUUGACUCAUCCCAGGCUCUGGUUGGAGAGUUGUCCCAGGUUGGUCUUUGGGAUCGGGUCCUAUCUUCUAGCCAAGUGGCAAGCUUGGCCCGCUGCAGCAGAGUGACCCAGGGCAGUGUGGCCCCCUGGACCGAGAAUGGAGUUGAGGUUCACGGCGGAGCGACCAAGGACCCAGGGGAGCCUUGUAGUAAACACAACAGGAGCUCUCAAUGACUGAUGGGAGGAGGCUUUGAGGAAAGGGGAAGUGAAAGAAGGGGGGGGGGGGGUAAAGUUGUAGCGAUUUCGGGAAGGUAUCAGUUUGCCUAAUAUUAGCACUGCUACGUGACGAUUUUCUAAACAAUUCAAUGUGGCAUGGACUGGUGAGUGUGUGAAAAGUGGAAAGUUAAUGACACAUAUUUAUAUGGCCUGAGUAGAGGGCUUUGCUGUUACUUCACCAAACUUCUAGCAACCACAGCCGAUCCCAUUAUGGAGGGUCCCAGGCGAAAUGUGCAACACAAUAUUAGAUCACUCAUAAAUACAGCUGUAUAGAUGACAUUCUGUACGUUACAUAUAUUCUAUUAUAUAAUCUAUCAACACAGAUUUGUUUCCAGAUUCAGGCGACACUAUGUCGGUAAUUGUCCUAGAUCCUACUUUUUGUUAGCAAACCAGCUAGCAAUCUUAUGAGUAAAAAUAAAGCAACUACUUCAACUUUAUCCAGAACAUAAUUUAUUCUUCAGCUAGCUAUUAAUAAGUGUGGAAAAAUGCUAGCGACGACACAGCAAUGAGCUAGCAGACCAACACGUACUUAUGAUUAGCUAGCAAAUAAGAAAAAUGACAUUAUUUAACCCUCAAGGAAAUUAUUAAACAUUUUGGGGAGUCUGCUGAUUUGCUUUAUUGCUGAGAGUUGAGCUGCUGGCUAACUUAUCAUAGCAUAAUGAUUAUAGACAGGGGGUAACAGCUAGCUUGGCUCUGUCCAAAGUAGCACAUUUUGCCUGCCAGCCCCUCUAAGGUCACCAGUUAACGCAUAUGUUCUUUUGUUUAAAUCACAGGCAAAAAACUAAAAUAAAUAAAGCUGGCUGGUGGUGGUAGCUUCACACUUAGCAUGUGGCAUUCUGGCUCACCUAAUGAAGGCCGCUGGUAUAUGUCUGCCAUUGGCCAACUAUUUAAAUGAGCAUUCUCCAGCCUUCAGCUAUUUGAAUACCUGCAAGCUAGAGACCAACAUGCUGAAAUGGGAAGUUCAUCGCUAACGGUGCAAACCUAAACAAGUUAGUAUCUUACCUUUUUCUUUAGCAAGUUGGUCACUAACGUUAUAAACUUAAACAAGUUAUCAGCGCGUACCCUUUCGUCAUGGAGAUUGAGCCACGUUAGAGCAGGGUACACCUAUUUUUUUCAGGGGCACUGUUGCUACACCCUGGGAUUUGCAACCCCCCUGAGAUGAUUGUGAUUAAUACAAACAAGCCAGAGUGUAUUUCCCCUAUACCAGAAUAAUAAUGGUUGCAGUCAGACAUUUCUCCCCUGCUGACUAAUUGCUGUGGAGAGAGUUCUGGCUGUGCAGGACUUAAGCAUACACCAAUGUGACUGAUAACUUUCAGCAAAAAAUCAAAGAAUCCUUUUCCCCAAAUGUUUGACCUUUAAAACAGUCUCAUCAAUGGAGAUGCUGUCUUUUAACAGCUAAAACUGUGCAGAAAUCACCACUUUACAUUUAUAGUGUCGAGACAGCCGAGAGCUGUUGACCUCCGCUAUAGCUGCCAGAAGUUUUCUCAAGCCAAUCCCGCCACGAUUUCAUCGGGGUCGUGGGUGAAGUUAAUUAAGAGGCUGUGACAGCUUUGGAGCUGGGAGUCGACGCGAGGUGAUGAAAAAUGUCGGAGAAAGUGGUGGGAAUAUUAAGUACUAGGUGAUGGCAACAAGGAGGAGAUGAUGAAAGACAAAGGAAAGAGAUGGAUCCGGUGCUGUUAGGGAGCGAUGCUACAUUGUUUUCACCUCUGCAUGAUUUGUUCAUAUACCUGUAAUGUCUUGCCACUGCACUGUGUUGCUCACAAGUCUCACAACAGAGGUGCCUCCUGCAUCGGUGGCUGUCCUCGUGACUCUAAAGGCCAGAGGGUCUCUUUCGUUUCUUAAAUAAGUUUAUGAACCCGUCUAAAACAAGGAGUCUUAUUCCCUAAGGAAGUCACCAUCAUAAGUAGAAUGUUGCUUUUCUUCUGGGUGUGUUUACAUCUUUCUUUUACAAGCUUUUGCCCCAUUUUUGUCAGUCCGUGAAGAUUUAGAAAAUCAACAUCAAAGUAUGGGCUCUCAUCAAGGACAUAUUUGAAUUCAUGAUCUUAAAGGAGACCUAUUAUGCUUUUUCAUUUUUUUCAUUCCCUUCUGUUUUUUAUAGAUCUAAAACAUCUUGAAAGUUAAAAGGCUCAAAGUCCGCACCAACAGAAGCUCUUCUCUCCCACAGAAAAUGCUGCUCCUGAAACACCUCGUCAGUAGUACUGCCUCUAACUCUGUGACUUUCUGACAUCACACCAUGUCACAAUGUCACACAUUUGCAUGAUUUAUGCCCAGCAGCUAGUUUGGCACGUAAGCACAGCUAUUCUGUUGUUGUUACUUGUGCUGGCUUGGGUGUGUGUGAGCUGACCAAUCAGAAGAGACUAGGUAUUCAGGAGGGAGGGCUUAAAAAGAUGGGGCAGUGCUGUUUUUUUUUUUUUUUUUUAGCAUUAAAGCAUGUAAACCUAUUCCACUAGUCACCCAAAAUUAAACUAUGACCCUUAAAAAUAAUAGCAUAAUAUGUCUCCUUUAAAUGCAAACUUCAAGCAUACAUAACAUUUAAUGUUUUUAUUAGAUUUAAAUCUGCAAAAUUCACUCAGCAAUUUAAACAUGAAUGUUUCCUCUUUGCAAUUUUAAACACACAGCCAGUCAACAGCAUAGUUUAAUGCAUCAACAACAUGAAACCUCCGACUUCUCCAGCCUUCCUACAUUCCAUGCAUGAGUCGCGCCGUAUGUUUGCAACAUACCUGGCCAUUUUGAGGAUUACUCUCGACCGUUGUACGAGACGUGACGUGAGACACAAAUUGUUCAUUUCAAAACUCCUACAAACACCGGCUCUCCCUAUAGCAUAAAAACAAUCCUUAGUGGAAAGUGCCUGUCGGGGUGUUUGCGCCCAUGUAAAAACAAACGGUCAAGUCAAAUUCAUCCUGACGGAGAAUUCACACCGCGAGACGUUUUGGGCUAAUUAAGCAUCAGCUUUUCUGUGAACCCCCCCCGGGGGAAUCUUUUUUAGAUUUCAGAUUUAAGAGGUUCGAUAAAACACUCGAGAACACAGGCACAGCUCCUGUGUGCGGUGCCGUUCAAACUGAUGCUAAAUCAGGUCAGCAUGAUCUCGCUGUGACUAAUAGUGUCUUUGAUGAUGCCUCUCAGUCUGCAGUGUUGUUAAUAAUAUUAUGCCUGGUGUCUGUUCAGCAACUUUUCGGGGCUUUUUGAUAGUGUCGUGGCAUUAUUCUCUUUAUAGCUAUUGAAACUGAACGCUUUUUAACUCUAUUGGCAAUGUUUGUCUUUUCUUACAUGACUUGUGUUUUUUUUGUUUUGUAUGCAUCGGUAUCUUGUCUGUUUUCACGCCGUUGUUUGUAUAAAUGCUGUACGUCUGUGUCUUGUAUGGUGUCGUAUUGUUCUGCAUAUGUGCCGUGUGCAAACCUCAAAUCUUUAUUAAAGUCCUAAUUUUCAGAUGUAAAGAAUGUGAUUCCUUUCUCAGGAUCUAACACUGAUCUUUGCAUCCCAACAAAAAGAAGUGCGGUGCAUCCCAGAACUUCUGCUGUUCUUUUAUUCAAGGGCAUGCACGAACACACACUUGUAAUUUAAGUGCGGUGGCAGCAAAACCUGCUGUGAAAGCAAUCCUUCCUACAGCGAGCGUGCUCUACAGACUCCACAAAAAAAUAUGUAUUAUUUUCAACAAGAGAAAAUAAAGUAUGUGUCUUUGUUCUCCUGCUCCUCCAAAACAAUCCUCCUCGAAGCAAAUUAAAGGAGAGAGUUCAAGGAGAAGAGCCUGGAGUGUUCUGCUUCAGAUGCAGCAGGUGUAGAUAUGAGUUAAGAGUAAGAUGAGGCUUUGGCAGAUCCCGUGAGGCAGCUGUUGUGUAUCUGCUACUCAUGUAGUGAUGAAAAAUACUGGUUCUAUCUCUGUAGCGUGUGUUUGAGAGGCAUAACGUGUUGAGGGCUGCACAUUCAGCACCCCAUAUCUGUAUCAAUAUUUAGGCCCGCAAAGACAAUUCACGAGCAGUCUGAUACAGACUACAGGUGUUCUUCCAAUUGUGCAUCGCUGUAUGCCAUUACUGCGUCAUGUAUCUGUCUCUGGUUUGUAUACAUGUGAAACUUGUGACUUUUUCCAACUCUCACUCUGCCUUCACUCUCCCCACCUCUCUGUCGUCCUCCAUUCUCCCCCUCCUCUCAUCUUCUUCCGUCCGCCUCCCAGUGGCAUUUCUACAUCAGACCCCUCAUCCUCCUCCUCCAUUGUCAACUGUCAUCUGCUCUUUACUCAAUCCCUGCAAGCCCCCUGUUCCAUUUCUCCACCAUCCCUUCAGCCAAAGACACCCCCAGCAUGUCUACUGACGGAGAGGAGAUGCGUGCACAGCACGAGGCUCUGACUUUUCAAGGUUGCUGUCACAAAAAACUGUCACUUUUACAGAUAUGUUGGGGAAAAAAUUGAAGGGAACACGCUUAUAAAAUUUGUGAUAACAAAUAGCUAUGACAGGAGAUUUAAAAACAAAUAUUUAUCCUUGCCCGAAGACACAAGUCAUGCAACAUAAUUUUUUGUCUUUUGUGGGCCUGUGGUGAGCCUACUAACCGGUACAGCGACUGAAUGACACGAAACAGAGCAACCUGUAUCUGUAAUCCCUAAUUAGCAUGAGUCAAUCUGUUCAAUCCUUCCAGUGGAUAAGACUGCGUGAGCACCGUUUGUUCACGCUAUCCUCUCUCUUAGUAAUGGAUUUAUGACUUAAGUCCAUCAACAGCUCUGCUGGUCGUGCCAGACAGUCCGAGUCAGCUGGCUGAUGUCACACAACUCGGCUCCAAACCGAGUCAAGUCCUGUUAACCUGGUUAGUGUGCAGUGUGCAGCCUGCGGUGUGUGAGAACUGCUCAGAACACAAUAUUAACCUCUGCAACACCGAUGUUACAUGUUUAACUAAAGCUACAACAUGUUUUAAAUGGGUGAAUUAUCAAGUUUAAUGAUGUAGUGAUAUAAUGAUAUAUAUUUGGAUGUUGUGGAAUCUUAAAGGUCAUAUUGAUAACAUUUAAUGUCAACAAAUGAUUUUUAGAAAAUAAUACAUCUGCAGAGCUUGUGAUGGUGCAGAAUAAAAGUGUCUCCCUUCCCUUAAAACCUUA